AACAACUGAAAUGAAAGCCUUUAUUUUAAUGUCAUGUUUGGCCUUGGCUGCUGCCAGGCCCGAAGCCGGAUACGCUUACAAUAGACCCGGUGGUAGCGGUGGUGGUGGCGGAGGUUUCGGUGGUAGUGGAGGUUUCGGCGGCGGUAGUGGAGGUUUCAGUGGCGGUAGUGGAGGUUUCGGUGGCGGCAGUUCUGGUGGAUUUGGUGGUGGUGGCUUCGGUGGCGGUGGAAGCGGCGGUUUCGGUGGUGGUUCUGGCGGCGGUGGAUUCGGUGGCGGUGCUGGUGGUGGAUUCGGUGGUGGAUCUGGUGGUGGUUUCGGAGGUGGCGGUGCCAUUGGUGGAUUUGGCGGCGGUGGUGGUGCUGGUACUACUUUGGUACAAAAGCAUGUAUAUGUCCACGUGGCUCCCGAGGAGCCAGAAGAAUCUCGUCCACGACCAAAUAUUCCACUUGGUCAAGCCCAGAAACACUACAAAAUCAUUUUCAUUAAGGCACCAUCUGCUCCUUCGUAUCAAGCUCCCGUCAUUCCUGUACAACCUCAAAACGAAGAAAAGACAUUGGUCUACGUGUUGGUCAAGAAACCAGAAGACCAACAGGAUAUUGUCAUUCCCACACCUGCUCCAACUCAGCCCUCCAAACCCGAAGUAUACUUCAUCAAAUACAAGACCCAGAAGGAGGGUGGUGGUGGAGGUAUUGGUGGUGGAGCUGGUGGUAUUGGCGGCGGCAUUGGUGGUGGUGCUGGCGGAAUUGGUGGCGGUAUUGGCGGAGGUAGCGGUGGUAUUGGUGGAGGCAUUGGCGGCGGCAGUGGUGGUGGCAUUGGAGGUGGUAUUGGCGGCGGUAGCGGCGGUGGUGCUCCCUCAACUAACUAUGGCCCACCUGGCAAAUCUGGCCCAUACUAAGUUAACCAAAUCGCUAGCCAAAUGGGAUUAUUUUUUACCAAUCAUAUGACCACUGACAUUUGACGUGACAC